GCUGACACUGAUAAUUUUUAGGAGUAUAUAUAAACGGAGAGAAAAAAGAUUAAAAACCUCUUGAGCAAACCAACAUUUGGGGCAGGAACAACGAGAGAGGAACAAUGGGGUUAUUCAGAGGUUUUAUUUUUCUCUUAGUCCUGUACCUGCUGAAUGAGUCAAAUACUUCCUUCAUUAAGCUGAAUGACAAUGGUUAUGAAGAUGUUAUCAUUGCUAUAGACCCUGGUGUGCCAGAAGAUGAAAAAAUAAUUGAACAAAUAAAGGACAUGGUGACUACAGCUUCUACCUACCUGUUUGAGGCUACAGGAAAAAGAUUUUUUUUCAAAAAUGUAUCUAUAUUAAUUCCUGAGACCUGGAAGGAAAAUCCCCAAUACAACAGGCCAAAACAUGAAAACUACAAACAUGCUGAUGUUAUAGUAGCCCCACCCACCCUCCCAGGGAGAGAUGAACCAUACACCAAGCAGUUCACAGAAUGUGAAGAGAAAGGAGAAUACAUUCAUUUUACCCCCGACUUUAUACUCGGAAAAAAACAAAAUGAAUAUGGACCAUCAGGUAGAUUAUUUGUCCACGAGUGGGCUCAUCUCCGAUGGGGAGUGUUUGAUGAGUACAAUGAAGAUCAGCCUUUCUACAGCUCUACAUCAAAAAAAAUUGAAGCAACAAGGUGUUCCACGGGCAUCUCUGGUAAAAAUAGAGUUUAUAGUUGUCAAGGAGGCAGCUGUUACACUAGACCAUGCCGAAUUGAUUCUACAACAAAACUGUACGGGAAAGAUUGCCAGUUCUUCCCGGAUAAAGUUCAAACAGAAAAGGCAUCAAUCAUGUUUAUGCAAAGCAUUGAUUCUGUCUCUGAAUUCUGUAAUGAAGAAAACCAUAACCGAGAAGCUCCAAGCCUACAGAAUCUGAAGUGCAAUUACAGAAGUACCUGGGAGGUGAUCAGCAAUUCCGAGGAUUUUAAGAACACCACGCCUAUGGUGGCACCACCCCCUCCACCUGCCUUCUCGUUGCUGAGGAUCAGUCAAAGAUUUAUGUGCUUAGUUCUUGAUAAGUCUGGGAGCAUGGCAAAUUAUGACCGACUCAAUCGGAUGAACCAAGCAGCAAAGUAUUUCCUGCUACAGAUUGUUGAAAAUGGAUCCUGGGUGGGGAUGGUUCACUUUGAUAGUAGUACCACUAUUAAAAGUGAGCUAAUCCAAAUCACAAAUAGCAGCCAAAGACACAAGCUUGUGGAGAAUUUACCUACAAACGCUAAUGGAGGAACUUCCAUCUGCUCUGGGAUUAGAACUGCAUUUCAGGUGAUUGGAAAGCUCUACCCCCAAAUAGAUGGAUCUGAAAUAGUGCUGCUGACAGAUGGGGAGGACAGCACUACAAGCAGUUGUAUUGAAGAAGUGAAACAAAGCGGGGCCAUCAUUCAUUUUAUUGCUUUGGGGGAGUCUGCUGAUCCGGCAGUGAUAGAGAUGAGCAAUAUAACAGGAGGAAGUCAUUACUACGCGUCAGAUAUAGCCCAGAACAAUGGCCUCAUUGACGCGUUUGGGGCCCUUACAUCAGGAAAUGCAGAUUCCUCUCAGAAGUCAAUUCAGCUUGAAAGUAAGGGGUUACAGCUGAGCAGUGAUCCCUGGAUGAAUGACACCGUGAUAAUUGACAGCACAGUGGGCAAGGACACCUUCUUCCUUAUCACAUGGGACAAACAGCCUCCCAGUAUUUCUCUCUGGGAUCCCAGUGGAUCAAUAAUAAAAAACUUCACCACAGACCCAGUUUCCAAAAUGGCCUACCUCAGGAUUGAAGAAACUGCAAAGGUGGGCAUUUGGACUUACAGUCUUCAAGCAAAAGCAAACCCAGAAACAUUAACUAUUACAGUAACUUCUCGGGCAGCAAAUUCUUCUGUGCCUCCAAUCACAGUGAGUGCUAAAAUGAACAAGGAGACCAACAGCUUUCCCAGCCCAAUGAUUGUUUACGCAGAAGUUCUACAAGGAUAUGUACCUGUCCUUGGAGCCAAUGUGACAGCUUUCAUUGAAUCACAGAGUGGAAAAACAGAAGUUCUGGAACUCUUGGAUAAUGGUGCAGGUGCUGAUGCUUUCAAGAAUGAUGGGGUCUAUUCCAGAUAUUUUACAAAAUAUACAGAAAAUGGUAGAUAUAGCUUAAAAAUACGAGCUCAUGGAGGAAACUCUGCCACGCGAAGCUUUCGGCAUCCACACAACAGAGCUGCAUAUAUACCAGGCUGGGUAGUGGAUGGGGAAAUUGUAGCAAACCCACCAAGACCAGAAAAUGAUAAUGAAACUCAGACAACCUUGGAGAAUUUCAGCAGAACAGCAUCUGGAGGUGCAUUUGUGGUGUCACAAGUGCCGAGUUCUCCUUUGCCUGACGUGUACCCACCAAGUCAAAUCACAGACCUUGAUGCUGCACCUGAUGGGGAUGAGAUCAUUCUAAUGUGGACAGCACCAGGAGAUGAUUUUGAUGUUGGAAAAGUUCAACGUUACAUCAUAAGAAUAAGCGGAAAUAUACUUGAUCUAAGAGACAAUUUUGAUGACGCUCUUCAAGUGAACACUAGCAGUCUGUUACCAAAUGAGGCCAACACUAAGGAAACCUUUGUAUUUAAACCAGGAAAUAUCUCAGAAGAAAAUGCAACUCACAUAUUUAUUGCCAUUAAAAGUGUAGAUAAAAGCAAUUUGACAUCAAAAAUAUCCAACAUUGCACAAGUAGCAUUGUUCAUCCCUGAAGCAGAUCCUACUUCCGACCCUGCAGCAGAUCCUACUUCCGACCCUGCAGCAGAUCCUACUUCCGACCCUGCAGCAGAUCCUACUCCCGAUGAGAAUCAUCCUGAUUCUGCUCCUGGGUCUGGAGUUGACAUUACUAUACUGGUGUUGUCAAUGGUUGCGACUGUUGUAUUAUUUCAAGUACCACCAUUUGUAUCUUAAACAAGAAAAAAUCUUCAAGUAGGUCUAGAAUAGGUUUUUAAAAAACAAAAACCUGGGGGAGGGGGAAUGAGGGAAGAAGGAGAAGGGAAGAGGGAGGGGGCUGGUGUGCUUCCAUUUACGGGGCACAAAUAGGGGUAUGUGGCACACCUCUUGGGUGCAGGACACAACUACAAGAGGGACUUUACCUCUACAAUGCAAACAUUGUAAACUAGUUAUUUGUACCCUCACAUGAACCUGACAUUAAAAAAAAUAAGUAAAAGAUAUGUCUGAAUUUUAAAAUUCAUUCUGUGUGAUCAAAAACUCAUAAAAAUAGCUUUAAGAAGUCCAGAAAAGGCCAGGCCUGGUGGCUCACGCCAGUAAUCCUAACACUCUGGGAGGCUGAGGCAGGUGGAAUGCCUGAGCUCAGGAGUUUGAGACCAGCCUGAACCAAAGCAAAACUCCAACCUUAAAAAUAGCAGGCGUUGUAGCAGGCGCCCGAAGUCCCAGCUACUUGAGAGGCUGAGACAAGAGAAUCACUUAAGCCCAAGAGUUGGAGGUUGCUGUGAGCUGUGACGCCACGGCACACUACCGAGGGUGACAUAGUGAGACUCUGUCUCAAAAAAAAAAAUUCUAGAAAGGAUGCUUUGAUUAAAUAUUAACAUCCAUGGAUAUUAAUGGAUGAAAAACUGUAAGUCAAUAUUAAAGUUUAAAUUUUUUAUUUAUUAUUUUGUCAUUAAUAGUGAUGAAUAAAGAUUCUUUUUCAUAUUGAU